AUGGAUUGCAUAAAGUCGGAAUUUUAUAAAACUCGAAAUGAGUUUAGAAUUUUCAAAAAGAGGCCUUUGGAAUCUCUUGAAUAUAUCCUGUCUAUGUCUUCCAUGAUCUUUGUGGCACUCAUGUGUUGGAAGUUCGCUAUCCUUCUUACUGGAACUGAUUCUCCUGUGGUUGUAGUCUUGAGUGGAAGUAUGGAACCUGCCUUUUAUAGAGGUGAUAUAUUGUUUUUGAUGAAAAGGAACGAGAUAAACUCGGGCGAUAUCGUAGUAUUUAAGCUUGAAGGCAGGGAGAUACCAAUUGUCCACAGAGCAAUUACCUUACAUGAGAGUAAGGAUAAUUUGUAUGUACUUUCAAAGGGGGAUAAUAAUAGAGUCCAUGAUAGAGGUCUUUAUCCCGGUAAUAAGAACUGGCUAAAUAACAAGGAUCUUAUCGGAACAGUUCUACUCAAGGUCCCAAAGGUCGGAAUUCUCAGUAUUUAUCUCAAUGAGAUUCCGGCACUAAAACACGUAAUCGUUUGUUUCGUUGUUCUACUAAUGCUUUCCGGCAAAGGUUAA